UAGACGCUGUGGCCGCGGCUCCGCUGUUGGUGUUCGCAGUCCGACUACUGGGGCCGCACAAUUAACGCUAGUGCAAACAAGAGGAGGCGACGAACAAGGAAAACAAAGCAGCAGUCCAUUAGCAGCUUCUAGCUAUCCAGACGAGUCGGGAGAACUUGUGAAAAGGCCGGUUAUAAGGUGGACAGUUUGCUGUCUGGUUGCCCGUGGUAACUCUCCACCAUGCCUUUCCCCUUUGGCAAGUCCCACAAGUCGCCAGCAGACAUAGUCAAGAACCUGAAGGACAGCAUGACGGUGCUUGAGAAGCAUGACAUCUCUGACAAAAAGGCAGAGAAGGCCACAGAGGAGGUGUCGAAGAGCCUGGUGGCCAUGAAGGAGAUCCUUUAUGGGACUAAUGAGAAAGAGCCCCAGACAGAAGCAGUGGCCCAGCUCGCCCAGGAGCUCUACAACAGUGGCUUACUUGGCACCCUGAUAGCAGACCUACAGCUCAUCGACUUUGAGGGUAAGAAAGAUGUGGCUCAGAUCUUCAACAACAUCCUGAGGCGUCAGAUUGGCACUCGAACACCCACAGUGGAGUACCUCUGCACCCAGCAGAACAUCCUCUUCAUGCUGCUUAAAGGGUAUGAGUCUCCAGAGAUUGCCCUAAACUGUGGUAUCAUGCUGAGGGAGUGCAUCAGACAUGAACCGCUGGCCAAAAUCACACUGUGUUCAGAGCAGUUUUACGACUUCUUUCGAUAUGUGGAAAUGUCUACGUUUGACAUCGCCUCAGACGCAUUUGCCACUUUCAAAGACCUCCUCACAAGACACAAGCUGCUGAGUGCAGAGUUUCUGGAGCAGAAUUAUGACAGAUUCUUUAGUGAAUAUGAAAAGUUACUCCACUCAGAAAACUACGUGACUAAAAGACAGUCCCUCAAGUUACUGGGUGAGCUGCUGCUCGAUCGGCACAAUUUCAUCAUAAUGACGAAAUACAUCAGCAAACCAGAAAAUCUCAAACUAAUGAUGAAUCUGCUACGAGACAAAAGCCGCAACAUUCAGUUUGAGGCCUUCCACGUUUUUAAGGUGUUUGUGGCCAACCCCAACAAGACGCAACCCAUCCUGGACAUCCUGCUGAAGAACCAGACCAAACUCAUCGAGUUCCUCAGCAAGUUCCAGAACGACAGAACAGAGGACGAACAGUUCAACGAUGAAAAGACUUACCUGGUCAAACAGAUCAGGGACCUGAAGAGGCCCACCCCCCAGGAAGCCUGAGUAAAGUGCAGAGGUGGGCCGGGGGGGGGGAGGGGGGAAGAGGGAAGAGGAGGAGCCACCAACAACACGCCUGGGAAAACUUUCAGACAGCAUCUGCUUUACGGAACAUUCAGCAGCUGCUCCUCUGGGUCCUGAACAAAAAAAUGAAUAAAACUGGUGAAGCAAAUUAAAGUCCGACAAAAAAUGCAGAAGUACCCGUAUCAACUCAUCAGGACGUCUCCAGCUCCUCUGUUCCUCAGAGAACUUUUGAGUUGUUUUUUUUUUCCAGUCUUUUCAAAAGAAAUAAGUAAAAAUAAUAGAUGCUGCUGCUUUCUUGCACAUUGAGACGUCUAAAGUAUAUUACAACGACACAACAGGCCGUCAUUGGUGGUGACAUAAGAAUGUCCACAUGUUAAAAUUGACUUUCCGUAAGACACACUCACACACCGAGUGACAAAAACAGGUUUACACACGUAUGUAUUAAAACAUGCAGAUACACACAUGUGCAAGAACAUCAGCUAAAAACAACCGUGUGAUGGAGACAUGGGGACGGUACGAGCGAGUGGAUGGUUGGUGUGUAUUUGGUGCAUGCGCACACAUCCACGGCUGCACCCGGAGUCUGGCUCUCAUCUUCAGUGACCACCAUAGUCUGCAUCUAUGCCUUCAUCCAAUAAAGCAAGCGUGGUUGAUAUUACUGAUGUAGUGGGGGGACAAGCACGUACCUGCUGUGCUUUGUUUACACAGCACCUGAGGAAGGAGGAUGCAAGGUAUGAAUGUGGUGAAGCCUGAGAGUUGGGUCUGUAUGUUGUACUGGGGCAGGGUUAACGUGUACAUAUGCCUUUUUUUAUUCUUUUGCUUUAUAGACCUUUUGUUUAACCUUGACAUAUAUGUAUGUAUAUAUAUAUAUAUAUAUAUAUAUAUAUAUAUAUAUAUAUAUAUAUAUAUACAUAUACAUAUACAUAUAAAACCGUAAACGUCACGUUUUUGGUUAAUUAACAAUGAAAUCACUUUGUAGCCCGUAACAGAAACAACAAAUUAGUGACAUUGUUUUUGCUGAAAUGGUUGCUGGUGGUUUCUUUUGUACAUAACUUAAAGGGCCAGCUCAUGUUUAGCUAACCUAUAGGAUAUGAAUCAUUUGUACAGCGGUGGAAUGUCAUGGGUAUUUGCUCUGGAUCUGUUCAUCCUCCUCUUCUUUUUUUAUUCUAUGUUUUGAGGAUCUCUCAGACUGCUGCAGGUCUGUGAGAGGAAGCCUGUGUGUGUGUGUUCAUGUGCUUUGUGAGGUGCUGAGUGAUGGACAUCAGCUGCGUGGCCCCGCGGUCACAGGCUGAUCUCAGUCGGCAUACAUGUUCUUUCUUUCCCCCGUUUCUCCUUGUGUUUGAGCCGUUCUCCUCAGAAGGUUCGUGAUUCCUGUACGAGUGUGAACAUGGUGAGUAGCAGACGACAUGUCUUCAGUUCCAUAAAUGACUCGGUCAAUGUAAGGCUCCAUAUUUAAAUCUGUUAAAGAGGCUGCAGAGCACAGACGGCAGCACACUGACCAUGCAUGUUCCUCCACAGGCUGUGUGUGCAUGAUGCUAAAGACAUACUGGAUUUUUCUUUUUCUUUUUUUUAAUAUUUAACAACACUGAAAUGUCUCAUUGAGCUCAGCUUCAUGGCUGUCUGCUGACUUUGACUGGAGUUGAAGCAUUUAUUGUGACGGUGCUUUCAGAAGUGUCAAAGGCCUGGGCCCUACAAUCCAAAUAAAGACAAAAAAAAUUUGGAAUAAAA